AUGUCCAGUCGCCUCAAUUUCGCGUCCUCGAUCGCUGGUACUCCGUUGAUCUCUGGCGAUCGUGCUCGGGUUUCGCCCGGCUCUGCGAGUAACCGGGCGAGUUCGCGAGCUCCGCUUUCGCUGCGUGCGGCGGUCGCGACGGACGAGCCAGUGACGCUCAGCCAGACUUACUCGCUCGAGGAUGGCUCCAAGCUUGAGGUCUUAGCGGUGGGAUCGACGGACCAGUCGCGCGCGCACGUGAUUCUCGAGCUGCACGGCGGGCCGCUGGUGAACGCGCAGCUCAUCGCGCACUGGGGCGCCGUCCGCCACGGCUCCAGCGGAUGGACCCUCCCCGGGCUUCAGCCUGACGGCACCAGACCGUAUAAGAACCGUGCCCUACAGUCACCCUUCACUAAGAUUGGAGACCGUGCGAAGCUCAAGAUAGAGGUGGUGGACGCGGAGUACUCGGCAGUGGAGUUCACUCUCAAGGACGACGCCACCAACGCCUGGUUCAAGUGCCACGGCACCAACUUCCACGUGGACAUACCCAAGUCGCGGGCGCACGUGGACCCAGCCACCAUUGUGAUUCCCGAGGAGCUGGUUCGCGUGCAGGCGUUCCUGCGGUGGGAGCGGAACGGCAAGCAGCACUACUCGCAGGAGAAGGAGAAGGAGGAGUAUGAGUUGGGCCGUCUGGAUCUUCAAAAGGAGGUGGCGGCAGGAGCAACGAUGCAAGCUCUGGAGGAGAGGCUUCUGGGCGGAGGCAGCCUCUUCAGACGCUCGGACGACCAGCCAUCACCGCCUCCUCCGCAGCAGCAGAAGCAGCAGGCACCGCCCCCACCCCCCCAGCAGCAGCAGCAGCAGCAGCAGCAGCAGUUGGAGCCGAUUCCGAACGAUCUGAUCGCCAUUCAGGCAUAUGUGCGGUGGGAGCGGGCGGGGAAACCACACUAUGACGAGCAGAAACAGGGGCAGGAGUUCAUAGAGGCAAAGCGAGAGCUCGAAGGAGAGGUUCGGCGGGGCACGUCCGUUCUGGACAUCCGCAAGAGGCUCACCGGAGGGAGCGAGGCCACGGCUCCCUCCGCUCCCCCCUCAAAGCCUCAGUACAGUGUGUGGAAAAUCGACAGGAAGCAGUGGGGGUACGACGAUUUGAUUAGCACGGCUGGGAGGAAGGGGCGGAAGGGGCAUGGGGAUGCGGGAGAUGGGGCGGCAGCGGCGGCUGUAGCACCGGCGCCGGCUGUAGCGGAGGCUGAAGCUGCUGCUGCUGCGGAUCCGUUGGAGCUGGCAGCGCAGAUCAUUGCAGGGGCGGGACUGGGGGAGGUGCUUCUGAAGAAGUAUUUCAAGCUGAACGAGAAGAAGCUGCUGGUGAGUGGGGCCUUGUAA